GUUCUUGCUGCUGAUAUAACUUCUCCAACAAUUGAUAGAGGGGUUGUUAACCUUUCCAUUGGAGACAUCACAAUUGAAUCUGGUGCUUACUGGUCCAUUAUUGACAAUGCAGUUUCUGUACUUGCCGGUAAUUUAGAUGUAAAGACUGAUGCUGGAUUCUACAUUUCUUCAACCCAGAGUUUAAUUGGUUUAUCUGUUACUCUUGCUUCUGGUUUAGGAUCGAUCACUAAUGAUGGUAUUAUUGCAUUUAAUUCGGUUGUCUCGUUGGUUGCUCCUAAUUACAACUUGAUUGGUCUCUCAUUCACAAACAACGGAGAAAUGUAUUUGGGUACUAACGGCUCUGUUGUUGGAGCUCCCCCAAUCAACCUCAUUGCCCCAAGCUGGACUAACACAGGUUUGUUGGUGAUCUACCUGCAAACAAGAAGUGCAGAUGGUAUUGUCAAUCUCGGAGGAACUGGAUUGGUUAUUCAAAACAAUGGCCAAAUCUGCUUAACUAAUGAGCUUUACCAAGCUUCAACCCAAAUUCGUGGUACUGGGUGUAUAACUGCAAAUCUAGAUUCUUCAAUUUUCUUGGCUAAUGGUUUGUUAGGAGUUGAUCAAUCUCAAACAUUUUAUUUGGCUGACUCCAAAUCCUCCAUCAGAGCAAAUGCAAUUGCUGUUCCACAAACGUUCACUGUUGCUGGUUUUGGUAACGGUAACAUUAUUGGCUUAGAUAUUCCACUUGCAACUGUCUUUCCACUUAGCUCGUGGAGUUAUAGCUCAAGUACAGGUAUUUUAACUCUAAGAGGUCUUGGUUUGUUGUCUCAAAACUUUAACAUUGGUCCAGGAUAUAAUAGCAAUUUGUUUUCAAUCACAACGGAUACCAGUCUUGGAUUGGCCAGUGUUCCCUUAGGUGGUCUCACUUAUAGUGGUCCAGUACCAAACGCAAUCCCUUCUAACUGUCUGCCUUGUAAGAAUUUACCAAGCGCACCCGGUGCAUCUCCAACUCUCACUUCUACAAGUCUCACUACCACCAAGACAGAUGGAUCAAUUUGCACUGACGUUGAUCAGAUACUCAUUUCCACUGAUGGACAAGGUACUUGGUUUACAUCCACUUCCUUAUUAUCCGAAAUUUGCAGCACUAUCCCAAACUCCAAAACAACAGUUAUAUCUACUUGGACGGGCACUGCUACAAAA